GAUAGGGAGGCAGGAGUGGACAGUAGUCUGCUGACUCAGCUAACUUAUACUUGAAGUUUUUAAUUCUAUCAUAGCUUCUCAGUCACUAAUGUACAGAGCUCUGCUUUACACUAUCUAUGUGAACAUCUGACAAGCCCUUCAUCGGCCCAUGCAAGGCGAGAUGAGCACAACGAGGCUGGCGGUUGACCUAAGAGGAAGACCACCACAGUUCCACGAAAAACGCCCACGACAAACACUGCAGGACAAACAAGCUCGAUGAGUGGCUGUUCUGUAUGACCCUGGUUCGUCGGGACUUCAGUGUCCGAUACGGUGGGCGCUUGUGUGCAGUACAAAUCGUUUCUGUAUAGUACUGCACCCUCUCAUUUAUCUCUGUAACUCCCACUCUACCCAUUGAUGUACGUCAAAUCCACUUUUCAUUUUCGCGGACGGUGAAGUCAGUCACAACUUUCGAGGCACAAAUGGCUUCUAGCUUCGAGUACUUCAUUCAAUCACAGCAGUUUACCUUCUAUAUUGGCCGAGAGGAGAAACCUAUUGUGGUGCAUGCUGCUGUAAUUGCGGCGACUAGUCAGCAGCUGAAUGUGCUUAUCAAUGGCGGAAUGGAGGAAUCUGAGAAGCAAUCUGCUAGGUUCAAAGAUGUCCGUGUUGAUGAUUUCAUUCGGUUCUGCGAGUAUGCCUACCGUGGAGACUAUACAGUACCUCCGUGCGAAAAAAUCCGACAGGAACAGAACUCUUUAGAUGGCAAGACGCAGCCUCCAGAUGAACAACCCCAGCAGGAACCGAGCUCCGUAGCUAUCCAGACACAGGAGGCCAGAGAGGAGUGGCCUUGGACGGCCGAUCCAUUGGCAUCCAAGAAAAAGCCCAAAGGGAAAAAUAGGAAACACGCCAACGACUGGGGUCAAUCGAUAGACUUUGAUUACCCAUCAGAAAUACCCAAAGGAGAAGAGCCCCCUGUUGAGCUUCCUCAACAUGAAGUAAAGCCUGCCCCAAGAACUAGGUUGCGGACACAAUUUAACAGUCGAGAAUUCCUCACCGACAACGACCCGAAAGCUCUGAUCCUAAAGAAUUUCGAACCGAAAUCCAACAAGGCCGCGCACGAGAAUUUCACACCAGUCUUCCUCGCUCAUGCACGUCUUUACUGGUUUGCGCAUCUCCGACUGAUAGAGCCGCUGAAAGCGUUAACCCUGCGCAAGCUGCACAAGACGCUGUUGGACUUCAAACUGUACGACAGUCGCGUCGGAGAUAUUGUUGAACUCUCGAGGUAUAUAUACUCGAACCAAGACCUGCCCGGCCGGAGCGAGGAUGGCACUCUCGAUGAGCUGAGAAAACUAGUAGUUGAGUAUAUCGUUUGCGAAAUCGAUACGAUUGGAAAGAAUGAUGAGUUUGUCAAGUAUAUCGAAGAGGGCGGUGAGUUUGUCGGGGAUUUCUGGAGGAUGACAAGGGAUUAUAUAGCCUGAUC